AUGGCGGACGCGCAAACAAAUGGCACUCAGGCUCCGGCCUCGCUGCUUUCUCGUUUCACAGACGGCGCCUACAUCGAUGUCUUGACGUCUUCAGUGGCCAAGGAUCUCAUCACCAAAUUCACCACCAGUCUUCAAGCUCAGACCGCCGAAGGGAACGCCAACCCCACAGCGGCGUCAAAAGAGUCACUAUCUGAGGAUGAGAUCGCUAUAGGUCUUGCUGCCCUGAACGCGUUUUUGCAGUCAAAUGUCACGGGUCCCGUGCUGGAGCACGCUCACAAGGUAGAAGCUCUCUUCACCGAGGCCUUCACGGCAGGCAACAACGGAAAAGCAGAAUCAACAGACACCCUCAAGGCGCUACGCAAACACAGUCUCAAGGCCCUCGAAGUCGACGGCGUCUCACCGUAUCCCUACAUCCCGCACAUCGAGCUCUUUGCGCUCGCCCGCUAUGUCUUCCACGACGCUUCCUCGGCCAGCGACGCCGUCGUGAAGCUCUCUUCUUCCACCUCAUCCCGCCUGAGUCUGCCCUGGACCCGUUUGCGCGUCAACGUAUGGCACUUCAAGCUCCUGAGUCAGCCGUCUCUCGGCCCCGGCGCCAACUUUGCAAAGGCGUCGCAAUGGAUCGACGUCCCGACGCUGGCGGAGCAGAUUAACCUCGGCAUCCAUACCGUUAGGAAGCAAAUCCUCGACGAGGACGUGUGGUCGACGGGCGAGGAAGCCUGGUCGCGCGAGGAGAAGGUGCAGUUCUUGCUUGAGGUGUCCAACACGCAUAUCAUGCUCGGCCGCGAUGACCGGGCGCGCGAGGCGCUGGAGGAGGCGACCAAGUUAAACAACUUUGCGUAUGCGCUCUCUGGUGCCCUGGGAAAGAGGACAAAGUUCCAGGAGAAGAGCACCAGUCAGCUUGUGGUUCUCGCAAAGAGCGAUGCGACGACCGAGAGCGAGGGAACGGCAGCAGACGGCGAGGAGGAGGCCAAGCCUGAGGCUGUUGCCCUCAAUGAUGAUACCCUGCUCGAGGAGAUUCAAACAGUCGAGAGAGGUGUCCUGCAAAUGCAAGCCGUCGUAGACCAAGUCGUCGUCGACACCUCGGAAGCACCCCGCCCCAAAGCCGAAGACGUCGCCAACGACGAACCCGCCGACGUCCCCGCCAUCGCCGUCUCCGCCCCAGGCGAGCCCGAGAUCGACACCACCGCCGCGGCACCCGUCGACACGGAGAAACCCACAUCCUUCUUCCCCGCCGCCAAGGAAACGGAUACCGCGCCCGCGCACGUCCGGCUGCAGUACAUCCACGCGCUCUCCUCCCCUCCCAAAUGGCACCUCGAGUCCGAACUCGCCUACUCCUGGGCUGGCAACGCGGAUGCCGAUGCGGAGGAUCUGGACGCGCGGGAUGUCACGUACCUUAACCCUGCCGACUUCACCGGCCCCGAACGGAGUCCGCCGCCGCCGAACGCGCCGAGGCUGUUUUGUAUCCUGGGCGACUUGGAGAAUGAGCCGGCGCACUGGGAGCGGGCGUGGCAGAUUUCGAACAGGCGGUUCGCGCGCGCGCAAAAGUCGUUGGGAGAGUGGUACCUUUCGCAAAAGGAGUGGACCAAGGCGCAGGACGCGUAUAAACUCGCGACACAGUGUAACCGUUUGAGUCCCGAGAUGGGGCGUGGAAGGUUGUUGUUGCGAGGACGGAUGAGCUUGUCAGUGUGUUGGAGAACUUUGGGAGCGAGGUUGAGAGUGUGGGCAGUCGGUGGAGGGGCAAGGCGAGGAAUGCGGUGA